AUGGCGGCCACAUCGUCAACCUCGACCGUCCAGCUGCAACAGCUGAACCGUCCUCCCACCCCCAAGAACGCCACGCUACUCAACUCCGAAGGCCACAGCCUGGGCUCGAAUGAGGACGUCACCGGCGGUCUCCCGGCGCCGACGACAACGGCCACCGUCACCCAGAAAUGGAACUAUCCCAGGGCCAACGCGAACAGGGUGCUCUCGUGCUUCUGGAGUCUCUUCGUCUCGGGCGCAAAUGACGCCGCCUACGGUGCCUUGAUCCCCUACCUCGAAUCAUACUACAACCUCUCCUACGUCGUCGUCUCGCUGGUCUUCCUCUCCCCCUUUGUGGGCUACGUCCUCUCCGCCCUGCUCAACAACUGGAUCCACCUCAAGGUCGGCCAGCGCGGCAUCGCCGUCAUCGCUUCCUCAUGCCACAUCGCCGCCUACGUCGUCAUCUCCCAGCACCCGCCCUACCCGGCCCUCGUCGUCGUCUACAUCCUCGCGGGCUUCGGCAACGGCAUCUCCGACGCCGCCUGGAACGCCUACAUCGGCAACAUGGACCGCGCCAACGAGGUCCUCGGCUUCCUGCACGCCUUCUACGGCGCCGGCGGCGUCCUGAGCCCGCUCAUCGCCACGACCAUGAUCGACAAGGGGAAGCUCGGCUGGUGGACGUUCUACUACGUCCUGCUCGGCAUGGCCGUCAUCGAGCUCGUCUGGUGCACCUCCGCCUUCUGGACCCAAACCGGCGCCGUCUACCGCGAGACCAUCGCCCAGGCAAACGCCGCCUCCCCGACCGGCAGCGGCAACAGCACCAUGCGCGCCGCCCUCUUCAAGCGCCCCUACGCCCGCGUCUCCUGGCUCUGCGCCGUCUUUCUCCUCGCCUACGUCGGCGUCGAGGUCUCCCUCGGCGGCUGGAUCGUGCAGUUCAUGAUCCAGGUCCGCAAGGCCAACCCCUUCGACUCGGGCAUGACCUCCGUCGGCUUCUGGCUCGGCAUCACCCUCGGCCGCGCCCUGCUCGGCUUCGUCACCCCCAAGCUCGGCGUCAAGCUCGCCGUCGCCAUCUACAUCCCCGUCGCCAUGGGGCUGGAGCUGCUCUUCUGGCUCGUCCCGCAGUUUUACGUGUCCGCCGUCGCGGUCGCGCUGCAGGGCUUCUUCCUGGGUCCGUUCUUCCCGGCUGUCGUGGUCGCGGCGACGAAACUGCUGCCGCGGCACCUGCAUGUGAGCACCAUCGGGUUCGCGGCGGCGUUUGGCGGGAGCGGCGCGGCGAUUCUGCCGUUUGCGGUCGGUGUGUUGGCGCAGGCGAAGGGUGUGCAGGUCUUGCAGCCCAUUAUCCUAGCGUGUUUGGGGGUCAUGCUUGGGCUGUGGCUUUGCCUGCCUAGGAUUGGGCAUAAGGAGGAAUAA